AGACGAGUCUCCGCGCUGCAGGAAUGAAAGGCACUUCUCCUACGUCGUUUGCCCAGCGCUCGACCUUGGCUUUUUAUUUCUUUAUUUUUUUUUCCUGUUUGAGAACUGCAGAGUGUGGAGAGGUCCCGCCCUUCCGCGCCCGGGGCGCCCCGCCCGCCCACCGGCCCAGUCCCUGCUGCUUUCCGGACGGCGGUGGAGGCCCUGGCGGCGGCGGCGGCGGCGGCCCACGGUGCCCAUGGCGCUGCCAGCCUGGCUGCAGCCCAGAUUCAAUGGUUGACACUUUUUAUGCUAUUGGACUUGUAAUGCAACUUUGCCAAUCCAUUUCUGUCCUGGAGUUACUGCACAUAUAUGUUGGCAUUGAAUCAAGCCAUCUUUUCCCAAGGUUUUUGCAGCUCACAGAGAGAAUCAUCAUUCUUUUUGUUGUGAUCACCAGUCAAGAAGAAGUUCAAGAGAAGUAUGUGGUGUGUGUUUUGUUCAUCUUUUGGAAUCUAUUGGAUAUGGUUAGAUACACUUACAGCAUGCUAUCAGUCAUCGGAAUGUCAUAUGCUUUCUUUACAUGGCUCAGCCAAACACUAUGGAUGCCAAUUUAUCCUCUGUGUGUUCUUGCUGAAGCAUUUGCCAUAUAUCAGUCUCUGCCUUACUUUGAAUCACUUGGCACUUAUUCCACCAAGCUGCCCUUUGACUUAUCCAUCUACUUCCCAUAUGUGCUAAAAAUAUAUCUCAUGAUGCUCUUUAUAGGUAUGUAUUUUACCUAUAGUCAUCUUUACUUAGAAAGAAGAGAAGUCCUCAGCAUCUUUCCCGUGAAAAAGAAGAAAAUGUGAAGAAGAGCAUUCCAGUGUGCAUGACAAAAGACAAGCUUGUGGAUUCAGCUGCAGGAAAUACAACACGGGAAAGUAUUCUGGUGGAAAAAUACCUACUAUUGGACAAAAAUUCAUGACAUGAAAUAAUUGCAUUUAUCCCUUAAACUAUCUAGACAUAUCACAGCAAUCAAUGUUUCUUGCACAUUGUAUUUUCAAAUAUACCUUGCAUUCCCUAUAUCACCAAAGCUGUGGAUUUGAUACAAGUUGCAUUUAUAUUGUAUGAAGUAUGUUUUCCUGUAAGAUUAAUGAGAAAAAGGAAAUUGACUGAAGUAAAUUCAAUUAUAUUGAGAAACUA